AUGAAUCAAAACGCCGAUCGCAAAUACAUUUAUCCCAAACUUCCCCCCGGUGCCAUCAGCAAAUCCACUGUCAUCGUUCUCGCAACUGGCCUUGCAGGAUAUACGGCUCUCGAAUUACUUUAUGGAUCAGAAACAUUCUAUAAAAAGGCAGUGAUGCCAAUGGUUCAUAAAUUUGUGGAUGGUGAGGAUUCACAUCGAUGGGCAGUGCGAGCGGCUUCGUGGGGACUGUUACCUCGUUUUGGAUGGAAUAGAAAAGAGUAUCCAGAAUUGAAGUGUGAAUUAUUCGGAAGAGAAUUCAGAAAUCCUAUUGGAUUAGCAGCCGGAUUUGAUAAAGAUGGCCAAGCAAUCACUCAACUCGCCAAAAACUCUGGUUUUGGUCUCAUUGAGAUCGGAUCAGUCACUCCGAUUCCGCAACCAGGCAACAAUCGUCCUCGAGUUUUUCGAUUGCUAGAAGACGAAGGUGUUAUCAAUAGAUAUGGAUUCAAUAGCGAUGGAGUUGGAAGAGUUCAUCAAAGAGUUCGAAGCGCUAGAGAUGCGUGGGUACCCGAACAAUAUGCUUAUUUUGGAGUUAAUCUUGGAAAAAACAAGCUGACAGAAGACGCCAAAUUGGAUUACGAAAUCGGUGUUAAUUAUUUCGCUCCUCACUGUGACUAUUUGGUGCUGAAUGUCUCUUCCCCAAAUACACCGGGACUCAGGAGUAUGCAGAAGAAAAGUGAUUUGGAGAAACUUUUAGCGUAUGUGAAAGAAUCACUUGAUAUGCACAAACUGGAGAAAAGACCUCAAAUUUUCCUUAAAAUUGCUCCUGAUCUUAUCGAUUCGGAAAUGAAGGACAUCGCACAUGUCGUUACAAACAAGAAGUUUGGAGUCGACGGAAUAAUUGUGUCGAACACGACAAUAGCGAGACCAGAUUAUUUGAAAUCUGAGAACAAGGCAGAAACGGGUGGACUGAGUGGUGCUCCAGUAAGAGAAAUCAGCACAGAAUGUAUCCGUAAAAUGUACAAACUCACCAAUGGCCAGAUUCCGAUCAUUGGGUGUGGAGGAGUAUUCAGCGGGGAAGAUGCUUAUGAAAAGAUUCGGUAUAAUCGAAGAAAUGCAAUUGAUUCCAAUUAUAACAUUUUUAGUGCCGGAGGCAGUCUAGUUCAAUUGUAUUCUGCAUUCGUGUACGAAGGGUUUCCAGUUAUUGGAAAAAUCAAGCGGGAAUUGUCAGAAUUGCUCAAGCGGGAUGGAUUCGCGCAUGUAUCGGAAGCAGUUGGAGCUGACCACCGACCGAAACAAAAUUAG